AUGCAAAGUGACAUGAACAUUAACAGUGAAGACGCAGAUGAUCUUUUUCACGUGUUACAAAUUGAGGACCUUCCAAUUACGAGCGCCGAAAUUCAACGUGAAACUCGAAAAGAAAAGGUAUUAGCAUCAGUUUUGUACCAAGCAAUGAAUGGAUGGGAAAUAACGGACGAUUCGUUAAUAAAACCUUAUUUCACUCGCAGAAAUGAAUUAACUGUUAGUCAUGGUUGCCUUCUGUGGGGAAUAAGAGUCAUAAUUCCGAUUAAAUUCAGGAAUCGAAUUCUAGAAUUACUUCAUAGUAGUCACCCGGGAAUGGUGAAAAUGAAGGCGUUGGCCAGAGGGCAUGUCUGGUGGCCCGGUAUAGACAGUGACAUUGAACAUUUAGUCAAAAGCUGCACUGGAUGCCAGAUAAAUCAGCACGCACCAGCACUAACACCGUUACACCCAUGGGAAUGGCCCGAGACACCAUGGCAACGAGUCCAUAUAGACUACGCAGGACCGUUUAUAAACAGAAUGUUUUUUGUUAUGGUGGACGCGCAUAGCAAGUGGCCUGAGGUUUUCGAAAUGAAAUCGAUUACAGCAACAAAAACAAUUGACAUUAUGAGACAAGUAUUUGCUAGAAAUGGAGUACCUGCUCAUAUUGUAUCGGAUAAUGGACCAAGUUUUGCAUCCGCAGAAUUCGCAGAAUUCUUGAGACAAAAUGGAAUAAAACACACGAAGUCAGCACCCUAUCAUCCAGCAACAAAUGGACUUAUUGAGAGAUUUAUUCAAACAUUUAAACAGUCAAUGAAAGCAAUGAAAUGGGAAUCUGGUGAUGUAAACAAAAAGAUCGCAAACUUCUUGCUGACGUAUCGCCAGACACCACACACUAGCACCCACGAAACACCAUCAAAACUGUUUCUAGGAAGGGACUUAAGAUCUAGACUUCAUUUGUUAAAACCAAACUUACGAAACACCGUUAGAGUGAGCCAGGAAAAAUCUUGCGAAAUAAGAAUGAAUAAGAAGGAUAGACAAUUUGAAGUAGGCGAAAGAGUUAUUGCAAAGGACUAUAGAGGAAAAGAUCCGUGGGUAGCAGGAAUUAUAAGCGAGCGUGAAGGACCACUCAUGUAUAAAGUUUCAACCGACAACGGACACACAUGGAGAAGGCAUACAGAACAAUUAAAGUCUACUCAAAUGCCAAAAUCGUAUGAACAAUCAAUCGAAAACGAUAACAUUAUAGUUGACAAUACGGAGACACGCACACAACAACAUGUGGCCGAAAAAUCACCGGAACAAACCAAAAACAAUGAAAUGUCAAUGCCGCGACGAAAUCCAAUAAGAGAACGAAAUCCACCAAAAAGAUUAAUUGCCGAAAUGGAAUAG